AUGACAACAGAACACAAGUACAAAGACCCUAGGGUUAUAUUUGUCCGUCAUGGUCAAACAGAAUGGUCCAAAAGUGGUCAACACACAUCGGUUACUGAUAUUGAACUAACUCCGUUUGGAGAGAUGCAAAUGAGAAGAACUGGUGAAUGCUUGAUUGGACCAUCUCGUACAAAUAUGAUCAAGCCAGAGAAUAUCACCAAGAUUUUCUCCAGUCCAAGACGUAGAGCUAGACAUACCACUCAAUUGAUCUUGGAGGCUAUUCCUCCAGAAAUUAGAGACAAAAUCCCUAUUGAGUAUGAUGACGAUAUUAGAGAAUGGGAUUAUGGUGACUAUGAAGGUAAAAAGACCGCUGCGAUUAGACAAUCAAGGUUGGAAAGAGGCCUUGAUUCGUGCGAUCAUCCAUGGCUGAUUUGGAGGGAUGGCUGUGAAGGUGGUGAGGAUUACAAACAAGUUACUGAAAGAGUUGACCGAUUCAUCAACAAAUUGAAACUGAUUCACGUCAAGGCAUUGGAAGAUUGCGAACCUAGUGAUAUUAUUGUUGUUGCUCAUGGACACAUCUUGAGGUGUCUUGUUGCUAGGUGGGUACACGAAGAGAUCAACCAUGAUCCAAAAUUGAUGUUGGAUGCCGGUGGUGUUGGUGUUUUGAGUUAUCAACAUCACAACAUUCACGAACCAGCUAUUUACUUGUCAGGUGCUUUUACCGUACCAGUGGAAGAACAAGGCGCUGAUAUGUAA